ACGUUCUACAUUCUGAUCCGAGGAUCAGCUGGAGGCAGCAAUAAACAGAAGGAAAAUCUGCAGCGGAAAAAACUGAGGAGAGGAGGAAAAAGCUGCAGAUGUUAUAAUCUAAAAACAUCAGUGUAACAUUUUUACACGAAGCCCUUCUUCUAAGAAGAAAGCCUUUUAUUUUUGUAUAAUAGUGUUUUAACUACCUCACUUAAAGACUAUCUAAAGCUAUGCUUUAAGAAUUGUUGUCGAUUUCUACUGUGUGUGAGAUCUCGUUUACAACUUGAAUAAUAUUGCAAAGGCAGGCCUUCGCUUCAAACCAAGUAAACCUUAUAUUUGCACUAGAGAAGCCUGUCCACACCUGUUUGUCAAAACCGAGAUCCAGCAAAGGGCUUCAAGUGAAAAAGAAUCUGACAAAGAAUUGCUUAAAACAGCAACAAGCGAUACCUAAAAAAUCCAAAAAGGCAGCUACAGGAUUUUCUUUGUGGACAACAAAAAGCACCUAAGUCAUCAACACUUGACAAAACAAGCAGUCAUGUUUCAGCGUCUGAGCAACAUGUUGUUUGGGGAGGUAGAAGAGGUGGCCGCUGAGCUGAAGGGACCCAACCCCUGUGUGACGGAGGCCGACGAGGAGGGAUGGAUGCUCGUCAACCUGCCUGAACAAUCUGACUGCAUGAUUCAGGCGGACGAUGAGACGGGAGCCCCACCGAUUGCACAAUCAUUCCCAGACAAUAACCAAUCAAAUCACCAAGUCACACAUACAAGGACUGAAUGCCCGGCCCCCAUUACCCAUCCGUCUCUCAAGCGCCGUAGGACACAUAAAGGUCGGGCACGAGGUGCAGUAGCACCAUCAGAUCCCCUGUCUUGUCCAAGCGCUAGUUCGUCAGACUUGGGUGCCACUACACCCAAGACCCUGCCGAGACGGGCCAGGCUGUCCACGCCCUCCUCCACCCCGUCAAUCUCCCCUGGCUCAGGAAGUGAGUGUGGGCGCAGUGGGGGUAGCAGUAGGGCAGGCCAAGAGCGAGGCUGCAUGGAUGAGAGCUGGUUUGUCACCCCUCCCCCCUGUUUCACUGCAGAGGGAGCCACAGCGGAGGCCAGCCCGAUGGAGGACCUGCUCAUCGAGCACCCCAGCAUGUCUGUGUAUGUCUCCCCGAGCAACUUUUCCAUGGUCUCCAACAGCAACCUGUCUGUGGUGGGAGAGGAAAGCAUUGUCAGCCUGGUGGGCAGCGUGAGCAGAGUCGCAGAACCAGCUGCUGCCCCUGCCACCCGCAGCACUAUGCCCACCAGGGUGAGCCGUGGAGCAGCUGCCCAGGCUGGUGCUCUGGCUAAGGUCACCCAAGUGGCCAGGGUCCAGCGUAGCAAAGCCCGCAUCGAGCGACGCCAUCUGGGCCGCAACCGUAUCCAACGCCAAAACCGCACCAGGGAGCAGGUCCCUCGCCACGCAGCCCACGCCAGAACCACCUUCCUUCACCAGCCCAGCAAGCGUAACAUCUGCCACUAAACUUCUUGAAACCAGGGGGCAUCGUUUACUCUGAGGGCAUUAGUAGUGCAUAGUCAACUCCAAGACACACAGGAUUAAUUGUAUUCACCCACCACAUAUUUGCUUUAAUUUCUGCACAUUAUAUCAUAUUACACUCAGAUACCAGUAGACCAGUAGCUUUUUUGUUUUAGUCAGGUCACAAACUGACUCCACCUGGUAGUUUUAUGCCCCAGUCUGCUGUCAAGCCCUCUGAGUAGAUGUGUGUAGACCUUUAUUAUACUUGUUAUCCAUUGCAGUAUCCAAACAACAAAAAAAAAAGUCUAAAAAAUAUUUAUAUAGGUUAUACAUAGUAAUAAUAAUGUCAAAAAAACCAACAAAAAGUUAAGCUCUUUUGAUUUUUUUCUCCUAUCUUAGUUAAAUGUUCUCUUUUAUUUAAUUUCUCGUCAAGGUACGUUUUUUUUUUAAUUAAUACAAUCAUGUAAUCCUAAAAUAUAUUUUUUAAUUUGGAGAUGAUUUUAAAUAACCAAGUGUACUUUAAAACCUUUUCUGGUGAAAACCAUGUGAGAAAGAGACAAGUUAAUCUUUGCAGAGAAAGAAACUCAUCUCGUCUUCGAAGCUUUACAUUAUAGGUGAUUAUAUUUUUCAGAAAAGGUGGAGGGAUAUACCGUGAGUGACAAGUGUGAGAGGAAAAUCACUAGACAUUUGUUUUUCUCCAGUUUAGUCUGUCAACUUGUAAAGUAAAAGACAAAGGCACGGAAACGUGGGGCAACCUAUUUCAUCAUAGGAAACAAAUAUUGUGAUAGUUCUCUCUUCUCACUAUAUGAAGGAUGAGAGCAAGUAGAAGAUGGUGGGAGUAUGAGCAAAACAGACUAAAGAGUACAAAUAAUGUCUUGAUGAAGUAGAACUAGACAUUAUUAAAAGGACUGUGGUCAACAUGAAACAUAGGAAGGUGUUAUGUAACCCUCUGAGCAGCCUGUGAUCUUGUAGAAAAUGACCCUUCUCAUCUUCAUUCCAUCUGUGUUGCUCUGAAUAAUGAAUAAGGCAUUUUCUUUUGUGAACAUGUAGAUUGAUGUUUUUCGCACUCGUAAUAAAUAUAUAAAUAUAAAUAUUUAUAAGGACUAUACAUGAGUUGAGGUGAAAGAAUACAGGGCUUGCCUUUGGGUUACAGGGUAUGGCAAGUUAUAGUAAGUGCAGAGCGUUAUCGAUGGCAACUCUUUAUUUUGUUUUGUGAUAUUGUUUUCUGCUCAUUUUUUCUUGUUAAUCAGAAUAUUAUUUAACAGUCUCUCUCUCUGCAUGGUUCCACCAAUGAAAGAAAAGAAAGCGUGUUACCGUCAGACAAAGAGAAAGUACACUUUUAGCUUUUAAAGCCAACUAAUACAAAAUCACUCCCUGUGGCUCAUACGACAGCAUGAUUAUCAUUAAAUAUGUUGUCUGGAAACUAAAGUAAUGUGCCUGGCACACAUCAGCCAUUUUCAUCCACAGUGUGUGCUAUGAUCUUAUGUUAUCCAUGUAAACACCAAAAAGAAAGUACGACCUCUUUACACAUUAGUCUCUUUCAUUGAAAAGUCACUGACUGCCCGGGAGGCUGAAGAAAGUGGAAGAAAUGUCUCCUCAAAGCCUAAAAACGGCCAUCUUCCCCUUCAACACAUACAGAACUAUCAUCUUCCCUAUGGUCGUGCAACCCAUUGCUCUCUAACGUCUACUCUAUUUCUGUUAGCACAUCCAGCUCUAACAGUUUCCACUUAAAGAUCUAGCUUACUGAUAUGUAUUCAACAACAAUAGUAAACAAUGGUGCUGAAGUGUAUACUAAUGUUUGUAAAUUAUUUGAGACAUGGAUGUAAGUUUGCACUGUCAUACAUUGUGUGAGUCAAAAUUUUAGCGGUGUGCUGUGUGUUUGUUUUUUUCCUUUCUUUACUUUUUCUUUUGAUUUAAAUUGUGUGUGAGAAGGUGUACUGACACGUUAAAUGCUAGAAACUCUUUAAAAAAACAUGAAUAAUAGUCAUUUAUUUCUCUUGUAAAUAUUACAAAACAAUUUAUAACGCUCCGUUAGAUGUCAAAGCCUCUCAAGUCCACAACGUUGUGUCGGUUGGAACUAAUGAGAAAUCCUCUCUCUGCCUCACCUCUGUGCUCAUUAUCAAAUCAAGAGGGCAUUUCAGUGGCCAAAAGUGGUGUCUUUGCCCCAACCUCUGUCCCAUCUCUUUGAGGUGCACCAUAAAAACAGCACGAGACUCAGAGUUGAUGUGCCAUAGGCAAACACUGCCCUCCAGAGGGUCCACUUAGCACAGCUCCAGCUGUAUGGAUGCUAAUGAGGAUACAGUAAAAUGACAAGGUUUUAAUACAAUCUAUACUGGUGUGUAAAGGACAGACUGUCAGUCUGUCAGAUUGUUUGGAAAAUGGAAAUGUUUUGUCCCAUUUUAAAAUUCAUACCAAUACCACUCUGUUCAAAAUCUGUUCAUAUUUGUUAAUUUAUGAUAUAAUUAUGAAUGUUAUCUUUUAUUCUGUUUAAAGAUGACUAUUAUGUAUCCUGUUAAUUAACUCUGAAUGGUGCAGGAGAGGGAUCUGAGGUGAUGAGUCUAACACACACCCAUACACACACACACACACACACACACACACACACACACACACACACACACACACACACACAACCACACACACACAGAGUUUGAAUUAUGUUAGCUUGUUGUAAAAUAAUACAUACAGAGUAAAAAACAGGGUAAUAGAGAUCACAGGUGAAUGUGUGUGCAAACAAAAAGUACGGUGUAAAGACCACCGCAGGUACGAUUUUCUGCUACAAACGUGUUUGCUUCCAUUUGAUUUCUUCCUUUCUCACCCUUGUCAUGUAAAAAGGAAAUGUGUUUUCACUUUGUCGUGUGUGAUUAUUGAAAGGUGUUGUUUAAGGGUGAAAGUCAACAAUGGGGAGCGGGAGUGGUCAUAUGAUGUGGACAGGGAAAGGAUGAGGCAGCAGAUAGUUUAUAUAUUAAAAAAAAACAAUAAUUAAAUGUAUCCUAAAAAAUACAAUAGAAUAUGCUUGUAUUUUCCCAUAUAGUUAUUAUAACAGUUGUUCACCAAUAUGAUGUUUUAAAUGAGAGGCAUUGAAUGUCUGGUGAGUUUCAUAUGUUUUAUGUUGUGCCCUGAAAUGGCAGCUUAAAAACACUUGGGGUUUUAGCCCAUGUUACAUCUCAAUUAGUACACCCGUCCCCUCAUAAAAAGGAAAUAUAUAGACAUAAAAUCUGGUGUAUCUGAUAUCUACAGUAUGGUGAUUGUGCCUUUCACUAUCUCUGCAUGGUUUUUGUAAUGUACUGAUUUUUCCAUCCCCAAAGUGGACAGUAGUCCACUGACAGGCAAGACCUAUGCAAAAACCAACGGAUGGGUUUUCCAGCAUCCAUUCAGAAAACACAGGUACCCGCCAAAAAAACAACAACAACAAUAAAUACUCAGGUUAA